AUGAUUUCGCCCUUGUCAAAGACUUCUGCAGUUCAGUCUCGUCGACAGUUUGCCCGAUUUAUCACUUACCUGCAUUCCGGGAGUCGGGUACGUGGUCUUAAGAGAGAUCCGGAAAGUUACUUGAAGAAUCCCAACGGAUUAUCGUACGACUCGCUGAAUCAGGCAGAAAUUCAUGACAGGAUUGUACAGAGCCUGAAACUCAAAGAAUGCGACAUUGAACUGCCCAAGGAAGUCAUUUUGCAAUGUCUGACCCACAAAUCUUUUGCACACGGUUCAAAACCGUACAACGAGAAGCUAUGUCUGUUGGGUGUUCAGUUUUUGAAGUAUCAGGCUGCGAUACACUCUCUGAGGCAGCCGCAGUUACUUUCGCCAGUAGCGCAAGGCAAAAUUCAGCAGUCUAUCAAUGGUCUUAAUUUCACGAACUUGGGCACGCAGCUGUCAAAGCUGUUGAUCUCAAAGCCAGUGGCUGCCCGCUUCAUAAAACAGAAAAAACUGGAUGCGUUGAUAUUUUGGAAGAUGAAAGAUCCGUUGAAAGACUCGCAUCACAAUGGUGAGACUGCAAUUUAUUCAACUGUUUUGAAUGCUUUUAUUGGCGCGAUCUUAGCCACUAAUGGACCAACCAAAGCAAGACAAUUCGUCAACAAAGUUCUGCUGGAUGGAGAAUCGGAGUCUUCGCUGGUACACAUUGCAAAUGAACAAGUGAAAGAACUAGGUUCACAACCUUAA